AUGCGCACUGCGUCUCAUAGUGACGAGAAAACCCUUGCAGCACAGAGGCAAGAUUGCUGUUACUCACGCAUCAACUUGAGAAUCAUGGUAAUGAGAUCAACAUUACUGGUGGUGGCGGCGGCGGCGGUGGCUAUGAUGUUCCUGCCGGCUAAUGUCAACGCCAGUAAUUAUUUAAGGAUUGAUCACCCUCACUCACACGAAUGGCAAGAAUGCAACAAGGAUUCUGACACAUACUGCUACAAUUCACCAAGUGACUGUACCGUGCCGUUACCUGAUUAUCGUUGCACCCCAGCAUGGAAAACUUGUUGCGCUAUCUGCGACUCUACCAGCUGUUCCGGCACCUGCAGAGCUAAGGGUGGUUGUCUUGAAGAUGAGUUCACGGAGACAGAAUGUGGCACAUAUUGCGACUGUUGUGAAACCUGUCAAGCUGAUAACUGUACUGGCCGGUGUGUGGGCAACCCUGACCUCUGUUUCGGUGGUAACUACAUUAAUGGAACGUGCACCGGAGGCAAUUGCACCUGCUGUGUAUCUUGUGGAGACCCAGACGCUCAGUGUGCUGAAGCAGGUGGUGUGUGUGUCGGUGCUGGGAAUGAAUGUCCUUGUGACUACUUUCCCCAUCCUGACUUCGGGUGCACUAGUGGAGACUGCAUCUGCUGUGUUAGCUGCUACCCUUCACUUGGCUGCAUCGGAGGACACAAUCCUGGAAGGUGCGUGGCUAAUGAGACCAUGUGCAGCAUGAAUAAUGAAUACAUCUCCAGCGACAAGUGUUCUAGUAGUGAUGGUAGCUGUUCCUGUUGCAAGACUUGCACACCUGAUCAAAUAUGCGCUAGUGAAGGAGGCAGAUGCGUCAAAAGAAGUGUCGGCUGUACAGAAGGAUUUAGGGAGAGCAUACUCGGUGGAGGCUGCUGUGCCGAUGAGUGUAUCUGUUGUAUUCCAAACCCGUGUCUUUCAACGGAUCUCAAUUGCACCUCUGAUGCGUAUGGUACAGAAUGCACUUCUAGAACCUCAUGUAGAAAUGGAAGGCUACGAUAUAUGACAAAUGACACCUGUCCAUUAGCUACCGAUAUGUGCUGCAAGGCGUGCAUUCCUGACACGACAUGUUCUAAUGAAGGAGGAUACUGCGUCACUGCCGCCGUAGGUUGUAAGAGAGAUGUUAUGGAGAGCAUUAACGGCAAGUGUUGUGAUUCUGAUAACUGUGUGUGUUGCAUUCCGGACCCUUCAAAAACGUGUUGGAAUACGAUCUGCCUCGCCGAUCCCAACCCUGUAGUGUUUGACAGCAACUGCAAUGGUAUUGGUGACUACAAAAUCGAUCUUGAUUGUGGUAAAUCAUGCUGUAAGAAGUGCACACCAGACGCACAGUGCUGCAAUGAGGGAGGGAGAUGCUACACUGAUGGUUGUCCCGCUGACCUUCAGCAGUCACAAACCGGGACCUGCAAUGAUAAUGACAACUGUCAUUGCUGUGUUUAGAGGGUUUCAUAGUAAACGAUCCUCUCAACAAGUGACCGCACGCCGCAUCUUGGCCGCUGGGUGACACACAGAUGCACGACUUGACAAAUAUAUUUUCUUUGAUAUGCCAUUACUAUUCCCCAAUCUGAGUUAAACCAGUACUAAAAACAUAACUUAUUUCAUGAAUUACAAAUCACCAUGUGAUACACUUUUCUUUCUUUUCGUUCUAUAAACAGUAAAAUAAAAAUAAUGAAUUCAGCACGAGCUAGUAA